GGCAAGGUGGGCGGGACUGGCCCGCCCCUCAUGAGGAGGCCGCCUAGCGCGGGGCGGGCCCAGCCGCCGCCCUCCAGUGGGGUCCCGGCAAACCCGGCUCGGCCGAGGCAAAAGGGCGAUACGCACGUCAAUCGAACGGCCCCGCCAAUGAGUUCGCGCGCUGCCCUCGAGCCCGCCCUCGCCUCGGCCUCCCGGCGCCCGCGCUGCCUUCCCUCAGGCCGCGGCGGCCCUCCCGCCCGCGCCUCCAUCCGGGUCCUCGCGUGCGGCUCUCGGGUGGUGGCGGACGGCCGGCUUGAGGUCCGGGCUGCCCUGCGGAAGAUGACGGAAGGCAGCGGCCUCCUCCGAGAGCCUGAGGAGAACCAGAAUUCCCUAGGAGAAAGCCUUCCUGUGGUGCUCAGCUGUGGUCCCUAUUCAGCAUUCACCCUGGACGUUCUCUUCACUGUGGGAUGAGGUAGUAGGUUGUAUAGUUUUAGGGUCACACCCACCACUGGGAGAUAACUAUACAAUCUACUGUCUUUCCUAACGUGAUAGAAAAAUCUGCAUCCAGGAAACCUCAUGCAAAGUUGAUAACUAAUUGCCUGACAUUUAAGAUUAACUUGUGUAAAAAUGCUGCAGUGCAUCAUUUCUUUAUGGUUGCUUCUUCUUCUAGAGACUAAAAGUGUUACCAAGUAGACUGGUUGGGAGUGGGGAUACUUUCUGCUUCUCAUUUCUCUAUGUCAGAAUAAGUGUAUAUUUUAUUUUGUUAGAUGCUGAUAAUGCAACAUAAAGAGAUUGCGCUCUUCAUUCCACAAGAAAAGAUUGCUCUAUCAGAGUGAGGUAGUAGAUUGUAUAGUUGUGGGGUAGUGAUUUUACCCUGUUCAGGAGAUAACUAUACAAUCUAUUGCCUUCCCUGAGGAGUAGACUUGCUACAUUUUGUUUUUAUCUAGAUGAUAGUAAAACUCAGAAAAAUUAAUUUUGACAUUGUUUUGUACUUACAGUUUAUUUAUGUCAUUUGAUAAUCAUAUUCUCUGUUCAAGCAUAGACAGUGGUCUAACAUUUAAAAUUUUGGUAUCUGAUAUAUUUAAGAAAUUUGAAAUUAAGCAGGAAUCUCAAAAGAGUGGAGAAAGAAAUAACCUUCAGGAAAUCUUAAUAGGAGACCAAGGUCCCUUUGGAAUAGGCUCACUGCCCCCUGGUAUAGAUGUCCAGGGUGUGAUCCUUGGUGGUAAAGUCAAUACAAACUGGAAACGCACUGUCCAAGCUGAAAUGGAAUCAUGUGGAUUAUGAUUCAUUCCUCAGUUUGCUUUUUUGAGCGGCCUUGGACAGUGUUGUAACCACUGUUUCUUAGGACAACUUCACUCUCCAACCUGGAGAAGAAGAGAUGGGCUCUGGGUUCAACCCUUGCUCCCUGGAUAAGUCCUCAUGACCUUAGCUUUGCACUGCCCACGAAACUUGAAGUGGGACUUCGUUCACAAAGGGAGGUCCCCUGACGCUGUCAGAUGGGGAAAUCCAUAGUUCGUUGUUUUAGGGAAAGUUUGAGGAUAAUGCUAGAAAGAGCUACUUGAGUUUUCACACCUAUGAAAGCCCUUAUUUCAGCUUUCUUCCAGCGGCCGAACCGUAUGCUCUCUCGGGCCCUUAUAAUCAAGCAAGGCUAAAAGCUCCCUGUUGUAAGUGCUUGGUAUUUUUUUUAUUUUGGGAGAAGAAAAAGAUGCAAAGUGGAGGUGAAGGAGAGCUCACCUCUUCCCAAAUAGUUCCAUCUAUCCUAAAUCUUAAUAUCUAAGAUAAUCACUGUGUGGUGCCAUUGGCAGCAGGAAUUUAUAUGAGAGCAAACAUCAAAUUCUCUCUCGGGUGGGCCCAACCCAAGUGAUUUAUCCUGGGCCAGAUUUAUGCUUUUUAUUUCAUCCCUGGCAUAUAGAUGGAAACCUGCCUGGUCCAGAAUUGGGCUUUGUUACGAACUGUACGUAUGUAUACGUCUGCGGAAACCUUUUGUAGUCGUUGCCUCUUUGUGUGCCAAAGAAAAGUAGAAACAUUCAAGAAAUCGCUAGGCAAGUACAGUCAUGGAGUUUUGUGGGUUUCCAGUAUGUGUGCCUCCCGUGUGGGUAUCACCUCCCUUGUGCGGUUGGAAACUUCCAGAAUACCUAAGUUCUGGUGAUGUUAAAAAAAAAUGUAUUUAUAGCUUUUAUUAAUUACACAAGGAUUCAUUUCUUACCCUUAUUGGCCAGGUUCAGUAAUUAAAUCAACUUGUGGACUCCAUUUUGUAAAAAACGUUUAAAAGUACCUUUAUGGUGCAGUGUGACAAGUCUGAAAGCUUUUUGAUAGUGACAAAAACCAUGAUCAGCAUUUGCUGCUUCUGCUUACUCUAAGGGUCAAAACCCAGAUAACCUGGGUCCGAAAGUAGCUGGCUGUAACUAGAAAACAUGGCAUCUAAAGUCGGUAAAUUAGUUUGUUUCAGUUGACGGUGGCAAGAAGGAUUUAUACAUGGUAUCACCUAAUUUUCUAGUUUAUCAGGGGAGGCAGAGAUCUUAUGAAAUGAUGUUUAAGUUUUGGUACUAUAUUAAAUGUUUUUAAAAGUCUGUGUCUCCAGUGAUACAUGGUGGGCUGGGUGUUAGGCUUCUGGUUUGCAUCCUCCGAUGUAACUGAAUUACUUUUUAUUCCUUUUUAGCAAGAGGUUUGAUUCUAAGCAAACAGUUGUGGUUUUUACCAAGGUCAUGUGGCCAGUAACUUUUUAAAAGCACCAGUGAAAGAAUUCUAAUUGGUUUGAAUUUUAAAUAAAACCAAAGAAAUACGGCCUAAUUUAACAGGUUAAUUUGAAAGUCCACCUGCUAAGUGGAAGACCGGCAAGAAAAAAAUGGGCUCCUAGGAAGAGGUAGUAGGUUGCAUAGUUCUAGGGCAGGGAUUUUGCCCACAAGGAGGUAACUAUACGACCUGCUGCCUUUCUUAGGGCCUUAUUACUCCACGGUAACCUGUUUCCUUGCUGCCUUGCUUUGAUGAAGCAGAGUUCUUUCUGCAGAACACUGAAUUCCUGAAAACAUUGUAGGAGUACCAAAGGAAGCGGUGCUUGCAUUAAUGAUUUACAAGCAGCAGCAUGGUACCAACAUCAAUUACUAAACGUCAACUCCUGAGAGUUUAAGACGUCAGAAGUCUAGCUAGUUGCUUAUGUAAUCUCACUUUGGGGUUGCUGGCAGGUUUUGGAAAGCACAGUUUUUCGGUUUUGGUCAAGUUCCCUUUCCUGAUCCAGAGACGACUCUGUUAAACCUGAAAGAACGCAUUUUACAAGACUAUUGAAAUCUUUUACUUUUCCCUACACUGUGUUUGUAAAUAUUUAUCUUAAAUUUCUGGGUUUAUUUGUCUUCUGGACUUAAAAUUUGGAGCAGUUCUUAGGGGUGGCAUUAUUGCAUGUUGUGAAAACCCAUCAUUGCAUUGAGCACCCAUUAUGGUAUGUAAUCCUGUGAUUGAAUCUGUUUGAUGUGUACAAGGACUGGAAAGUCAACAGAAAUGAACAUGGUUAUAAGAUAGUAGUGUUAUAAUUUGUUAAACAUCUUUCUAAUAAAAUAUUACUUUUACUUAAAA